UUUCUAGAGGUAAUAUAUUGUAUAGUCCAGCACUACUGAGUGUUGUUGCCGUGUACGCUAGGGCUGAAAACAUACGGCAUUAUCUGAUUGCCUAUAAUUACCUGUACUUUGUCAUUGUACACAUCGGUAACGACCAAUCAGACUACAGCCGGCGAACGUAUUCAACAGAAAAAGCUUGCCCUUUUUAAGACCAAGGAAAUAACCUGGUGACAAUUUUUGCAAGUUAUUCCAUCAUAAGGAUUCAUGCCUGACGCAAGUAUGGGAGAUGACGUAGUUAAGAGUAAAGAUCUUGCGCUUAAAGCGCAGAAAAAGAUUCUUGGGAAGAUGGCGUCGAAAAAUUUAACAAGGCUCCUGAUUGACGACAAAACCGCUGAACUUCUGGAUGAAUUCGGAAAAGUUCGCCGGGAUUAUUCUUCAAAAAAAGACUCCGAUAAGCUCCACCACAACUUAAUUAAAGUUAUGAUCAAAGUAGCAGUGCUUCAUAAAAACGAGCAGUUCACUGCAGCGGAAAGAAAGCUUGCUGAAAAACUUCAAUCAAAGACCAAAACAACUGCUAUGACCCUGGUCAGCUUUGUGGAAGUCGACUUUACAUUUGACAAAUACGUUCUGUCAAAACAGAUAAACGAAGGUCGUGCAAUACUCCAGCAACUCGUGGCAAAUCAUCUUACUGAAAAAUCAAAGGGUCGCAUCAACUCUAUAUUUGAUCAAAUCGGCGAUACCGACUUUUUAGAAAAGCUUUUUGAACCAAGUGGACCAUACAAAGAAUCUUUGCACAAAAUAGUAGCUCGGAUCAACGACUUGAUCGAAGAUGGCAUUUUGUGAAGUGGGGCAUCUAGUAGUGGUUGGUAUAACAAAACUGUGAUGUUACAUGUAACCGUAGCCCCUUGUCCAAGAGGUAGAGAAAAACGGCUACGAUUCAGAGACAGCGUCAGGAUCAUAAAAUGGCGUCAUUUAAUGAAAUGUCCUCACUUCACACAGAUUUUGCAACACCACAAGUAUUAUUGAGACUAGAGUGCAAAAUCAGCCAAAAUUGAAUAAUUGUUGUUGCUGGGACUUAAACUGUUAUUGUUGAUGGACGUUCACAUGAUGCGGGAAAUGACCAAUCCUUGCAUCUUGUCGUGGUUGUUGCCAUCACUUAAACUUGGCCCUAAGCGCUCAAAAAGAAGAAACACUUUCUCCAAAUGCACCGAAUUUAUAUCAAAAAAACCUCUCAAAUGGCUGAUGUGCAAAAUCUAAUAUUCUCUUUGAAACCUAUUUAUCUAUUGGCCAUUCAUGAUCUAAAUAUGGGUUAGAAGAAUGCGGUAGCGCAUUGAUGCAAUCAAAUUUGAUCAUUUUUGAUGUGCAAAAUUUUAGGAUGCAAAUUUUUAUACCGUGCAAUAACCUUUCUUGCCAUUUUGUUUAUCACCCAUGAAUGACACAGCAACGUAAAUCUUUCUAGAAGGAAUUCACUCAAUAAUAUUCCGCGUUUGCUGUCUGAUAAAGCUUGCAUGAUAAAACGAACCAAACGUAUUCAUCUUUUUCUCUAUGAUCUAACUUUUCUUUUUCGCAUUUUUGCAUUUAUUUUAUAUUUAUCAUUCAUUUUUUGCUCAUUUUACUGAUCGUUAGUUAUGUCAACGCCUUUCAUCUAGGUUUUAUUGCCGUAGAAGGUUUCGUUUUUCCGAAUUUUAAAGACUCAAACGCAAGGGGCUCUACGAAUAUCCCCACAAAAGCAGACUAGUUAAUUUUACAAUAUUAUUCAUGUUACAUAUAUGAGAAUUGCUAUUCUGAUUGUGUCUCCCUCAUUUUAGUAAAACAAACUUUUUGAUUUUUAUGGAUAUAGUUAUAAACGAUUUAUUAAAUUCACCGUGUAAAUGAUACUAAGUUAUACUAUAGUGUUAUUUUAACUUUGCGGUGUGAUAUAUUUUAAACGGCCUUGAGAAGGUUCGUUAAAGUAAGACAAGUAAAGUGAUAAAACGAAGGAUUGUCCAUAUAAAAACUCAUGUUUGUAUUCAUACGGGGCCGUUUUUUUUUUAUCUCCGUCAUAGUAAGCCUAAUUAAACUAGGUGGUUCGAGCAAGCCGGAUUUUAAUAUGCAUACCAAAUUUACCGUAAUUUAUAUUCGACAUCGCUAUCUGCGCCAUCUUACAAAGCCCCUGGACUGGCCAGCAUGCUAACACUGCAGUAUAUUAUAGUCUUAAAUCGCAAGUCUUUAAUUUUCCCAGCAUAUUCAAGAACCUGUGCAAACUUUCCGAUUUUCUCUGCUUUUUUGCUACGAAUAACCAACAGAAGCAUACUCAACCAUUUAUCAAACAAUACCUUAUUGUAAUUUCAGCAGUAUGGGUAUAUGACCAAUACAUGCUCAUUUAAAUUUGUUUAGUUUAAAAUUUGAUUUUUUUGUUCUUAUAUUUUAUAAGGCAAAAAUGGCUUUCUAGAUCGACUCGGCCCGAUAACAAAACGUUGUUGAAUAAGUGUGUUCGUUCGUAUUCGGCCAGUUGAUGUUCCAGGCUAAUAUUUUAAGAUCUGAUUUUACUUUUUAUAAGCACGUUACUCGGCUCUUUCGUUGCCUAGUUUUCUUUUUAAAUUUAAGUGUCUUUUUUCGAGAUGUUUUCUGCAAUUAUAUUGGAAAUAUGAUCAG